CACAGAUCCUGGAUGAAGUUCGAACUGAAUUGAUCAGCGAGGGAUUUCAUCCUGGGAGAUCUCAUAGGCUUCAACCUCCAGGAUCUGGUUCGGCGGCUCAAGAAGAUGCUGCUGGUCUCAGGGAACUUUCAUGGGAAUGGGUUCCAUAUUCUAGAAGCUGCGCGAACACCAAAACUUGCGGUACUAGAAAUGAAGGUCAAGAGGAAAUUUCUAGUAGAAAGCAUGAUUCUACAGCUACGACGCUGGCACCUUCUACAAAAACAAAUGGUACAAGAACAUCUUCAACUGGUGAACAACAAGGAACGGAACUACCUGGUCCAUGUGGUCGUACAAAUUUUUAUACGACAUUCCAGCAACGUGAAAUAGCUUUCUGGAAACCGGUAAUGAAGGGUCGACUCGAAUCUCUUAUACGUCGAAACUGGAAGCAAUAUGUCGACCAUAGAGAACAACUACACAAGCAAGAAGAAAAUCGUCAACACAUUUUGGCUUCCGCGAACGCGCCGUCUAAUCCUCGUAUGAAUCCUCUAGGCGGUACAAGAGCACCAGCGGACGCGACGUCUAAUCCUCGUAUGAAUCCUCUAGAAGCUGGUACAGUAGUUGGUCCUCCUCCCUCUAUGCCUUCGCGUUCUCGAAGUUUUCUUCGUUCUCUGCAUCGAGCUCCGAAAUACGCUACUGAAGAAGAGGUUAUGACUGGUCCCCUAGGCUUGAAUUUCGUUAGCAGAGCAACAACGUCGUUCUUCUUGAACGGAGCGGAACUAACUUGGAAACUGCAGACGGGUGUGUAUAGGAGGUGGGAUCCGAGUAGUACUAGUUGUACUUCACGAUCGGUACAACAAGGCGAGGACAAUAGUUGCACGAGCGUAGACGUGGAUGUCGAUCCGGAUGAGCAUGAGAGCAGUUUUUCUGCGGAAACCAGAGACGGUCGGUUGUUGCAAAACAGUCUCAAAGAACUGGACUUGCAAAGAGGCGGCCGACGGCCUUCGAUUGGGGUCGAUAAGGAGAUACGAAAAAUACGAAAAUUGAGCAAGACACUGAAGCAAAGAUCCAAGAAUCGCAGCACUAAGCCAGGAGCUGGAGGUGCAGAUCUUAAUAAGGGUAGGUUAAUGGUGUUCUUGUUAGCGUUCGUUUUGCCUUUCUGAAGAGGGAACAAAGGCAUAACGAACGGGGUAAAGGAACACCAAAAGCCUACCUCUAAAGAGGAUCAAGUCAAAACAGUCAAGCUUCCACAGAAAGCGAAGUUUCGAAUCCGUACGGCUCUAUCCGGGUCUGGAAAAUUGAUGAAAGACGUGACGCGCGACUUGCUGGACAGUUUGGCUUCAGUCGCAUUGCCAGCGAGCGGAGAGGACGAGGGAUCAUACGCCGGACGAGACGCGUGGUCUUCAAACAUGCAUACAACUUCAACAGUAGGAGAAGCAUCACUUACACUUCUGGACGAAGAACAUGACGUCCCGACAUGUUAUAGUACGUUUGGCGCCAUCAAAUCUUUGUCCUCGGAGAUGGAAAUAAAGAAAUCUAGUUCUACUGAAAACCUUUGCUCUGGAACUACAACUAGUACUGCAUCUGGGAAUGGAACACUUCUCACUGUUGCCGAGUACACAAAAAAUUUCACAAGAAAAACAAGCAGUAGCAGAACCUUUAUAGAUGAUUGUCAUGUUGACGAAAGCGACUCCUGUUUGACGUACCAAGACAAGAAGAAUGAAGAAAUGAUCGUUCAACUACAAAGAGAACAAAGAAACGCUGCCAACAAAAUCCGUGCUGACGAAGAAGUCUACCGUAAGACUGCUGAAUUCUUCUUCUGGAGACCACUUGCUACUCGUGGGCAUCUGUUGGAGAGAAUGAAGUUAAUGGUGAUGCAAGACGAGGAUAAAGACGAAGGCGCGAAAGACGACAGCUCCGAUCACAUGUUCGGAGAUGGGAGUACACCGGAAAUCAGUUCCUCCUGUGGUCAACAAUCAUCUCUUGGGGGCUUCUCUAGUAGCGGAGAGGACGAGAACAAAAUAGAUGUGCGACACCAGACAACUAGUGCAGCUGAGAUGAAACAGAAAGAGAUGAAGGCAGCAGCUCCUGGCAAUCUGAAUCUUGAAGUAGACAGCAACAACGACCUUCAACAGUCCACAACAACUGCCUGUAGUUCGUCCCCAGCCAUCACCCCUUCCGCCAGAAAACAGCAUCUUCACAUCAAGCACCAGGAGGAACAACUAUGUGGAGAGCUGUUUGGGACAUCGGAUUUUGAGCGGGAAAAUGAAAACCCGGAUGAUUUGGAGUUGAGUCAUCGACUCGCCGCAGUCAAGCGUGGAAUUGUUGACCCUCUCUUCCAUUCGUCGCUGUCUUCAUUCUGCUCGGGAAUUCCUGCGUCGGAUAUGCGGCUAUUGCAUCACUUUAGUCAUAGAGAGGAGGUGAAGCAACGUAAUCAUGUUGCAGGUGCUCUGAACCACAACAACAUGGGCAACAUGGCAUCAAGUGACAGUAGUACUAGCAUUACGACUUCCCCUAAUCCAUCUCCGGAAGCAUCGUAGCGACGUUUUCAAGGGGAAAACAGUCUCGUGAUGGACUUGCUGGAGAUGGAUUCGGGUGAGCUCUAAAAAUAACAGCUGUCGCGUUGCUCCAGGUAGUUCACCUCAAAUGGAUGUUUUGUCCCUGGCAGAACUUUGCGAGACGAGACGAGGAACAAAAAAGAGCGCUCAAACUACUAGGACAACUCCACUAGUAUCUUCUGCACAUAAUCCACAACAAGACAGACGAAGUCCAACGCUAGAGGAAUGGAAACAUUUGCGACAACAUGAAGGAGAAAAUGACGUCGAUAAUUAUAGUGAGCUACUUCUACAACAAGUAGACAGGAGAGGUAGUACGACUACUUCUACACCCACCUCCCAUGAUCUUCCUCAUCUCCAGCCAAUAAAGUGGCGCGCUUAUGUCAUGCCUUGGUCCUGGAGUUUGAGUGGGAACAUGCUGUGCAAAUCUUGGGUACCUGACGAGAUGGCUCUCAUAUUAGUACCGCUGGAACAAAAGCCAGACUCCCAAUAUGCCUAUGAGCAGCAACAUGAGGAACAGAUGGUUUUGAUAUUUCGACGCGAGGUGGAAGCCCCCGAAGGACAAGGAGAGUCGUCUGGUCUCAGUGUGGGUGCCGGACGUCAAAUCCAUGAAGCGACGAUAACAAGCGGACGAGUACAAUCAUCUCAUUCUGGCACUAGCACUGCGCCAGCACAAUCCAGCAUCCCCAAGAACAUGAACGGUUGGUUUACUGGCAAAACUAGUCGAACAAGUUUCGAAGACCACCACAACAACUACAUACAACAAGAGACAAGCGCGACAGGUACUAGAACAAGCUUUCUCGCUGGUAGUCGUGGUGGAUAUGGAUCUACGUCAACUUGUCGUGACCCUCUAGCAGAUAGUUCGGAAAGUUUAGUGGCACAAGCCAACCGGGUGCGAGAAACAGGCGCUCCUGCGCCACCAGCUCAGCAACUAAGCGUAGCUCAAUACUUUUCGUUCAAGCGACAGAUGAUAGUCGCCGACCUGAGAGUGGAAGCCCUGAACUGGAAGCAAGCGGUGCUGGCCAAGAAACACGCGAAGAUUUUGAGGGACAUGCACUUGAGAAGGCAAAGCAUCAGGGAUAUGCGCAUUUGUCGGCAGUCGCUUAGAAUGGGUACAGCAGCUGUGUCAGAAGAUCUUGGUGGAUCAUCUGGAUCUACGACGGCACGAACAAGUCAACCUGUUGAAGACCAAGAGGGAGAGGAAAAAGAAAAUGAAGGAACAGGUGCUGGACGAACAUCAACUUUAACUGCCGGCACUAGUGGAGAUGCAGGCGCAACGCCGGAAAGUGUAAAAGAGAAAAUUAUAGGUGAAGGAGAAGAAGGAUCGCCAGACCCCAUGGAGGGCGGCGACUGGUCGAUGGAGAUGCAGUUGAUGUCAGCACGACCUUCGGCGUUUUUUACUCCUCCUUGUAUGUCUGGUAUGGGCAGCAAAGGUAAACAAGAGGAAAGUGCUGGAGCAGUUGAGAAGGAACGCCGUCUACGACGUCAAACUAUCACGUCGUCGACAACGGAUCUGCAUCUACUCCAGCACAAAAGAAGUUCAUCUUCGCUCAGUGCCCGCCGACCACCACGCAGAAAAACAAGCACAACGACCGCUAGUACACCGUCAACGAGGACAUUGUUCACAGGAGAAAUGAGCGACAACAUUUUUGGCUCUUCUGAGGAUUAUGAGAAUCUCCAGUCUUCCAGUGGUCAUGCAGGAGUACGAAGUAGAGAUCAGCAUUUUUAUCUUCUCCCUGGUGUCGAUGAAGAAUACGACGAAUCAGCAGAGCUUACAGCCAGUAUUGCUGAGCAAAUGGCACAGUUGAAGGAGAGCGAGAGACGACGCGAUUUGUUGAGCAAGAAAUUACUCGAUUGUAAGUUUGCUAGCAGCCUCAAAAAACACGAAGCGGAAGAUUUACGAGCCGAAUACGUAGAAAAACUGGAGAAGGAACAGGCAGCGCGUGAAGCACAGAGAAGAGCGGAGAUCGAACAAGAACGGUUAGCGCAGGAAACUGAACUACGACGUCAGUGGGACCGACUUUUCCUAGUAGCUGCUGUUUUUGCAGUAUUUUUCUUUUUGGCAGUAAUGCUCACAUGGAUGUGCGUUUGUGCGCGUGCGUGUAGGGGAGCGAAGGACGAGGACGGUGACGAAAAUCACAUAGUUAUGGAAGAUAUCGAUCAUGUGAUCGGAAGUGUCUCACAGAUUUGCUGUGUCGUGAUAUGGAAAAGUCCAUAUCGGGAUAACCGUAAUUGUCAAUCACUACGACCCGUCCCCUUCUAAUCUACGCAGACGACCGCGGAGCUCAACAUCGAGCACAUCCGAAUCUUCAACAUCUGAUGGGGAGCAGUCAUCCGAGUUUGACUUAGCUCAGAUGUCCUCGGAAGAACUGCAGCGACUGACUAAUGCUACUUAUGAGGCUCUGCAAGCGAAAAGAGGAGUUCCUGCGACUCCUACAGAGGUUGACGUAGAUGUUGAGGGCACCCCUUUUUUGGGAAAAUCAGAACAGGUUGAUGUAGACGGCAACAAUUUGGGAGCAGUAGUUGGAACAAGAAAUGAGGAAGAAGAAAUCGGUGCACAACAGGGCAGCUCGUCCUCCACCAUGGUCCUAACUGAUGAAUGAACAGAACCACGUUUACGAUUGUAGUUGUAGAGACACAAGAACUAGUACUUAGACCAUUUUCAUUUUCCAUCCGCUAACUAGGAACAUUGAAUACACCACGCAUCGAUUUGUUUACCGCCUUACCGGACACAGUCUAUUAGAUUUGAAAGUCUUGAUUCAUUCUUUCUAGCCACAUCUGUUGAUUGCGCAAAACAUAAAGACAUACAUCUACAGCUCCGUGCAAAAUAUAGAAACGAUAUUUCUGGUGGUGUAACGCUCCAAGAAACAGAACAUCAUGAAUUAUGGUUUUUGUUUUACUUACUACAAUUAGAAUGAAUCAAUUAGAUUUUUUCAAAGCCCUGCUAGUGCUACUAGAAGGCAUCAUAAUUUUCUUCGUUUUUUCGAACUCCGAUGUUUUCGUUGCGUAAUCAAGUACUUACUUGAAUACAAUGGUUGCUUACAACCUCCAUGAAACUCAAAUAACUACCGUCGAUGCUGAUACGAUCAAUGUUGCUUGCCCAUGCAUGAGCAUUUGUCUUUGUGCCAACACUCUUCUGCGAAAAUCCAUGUUGAACAUGGGACCUGACGACAAAUAAUUUUGACGUUCUUUUUGUCACUUCUCAGCUUCAUAGAUGACUGCGGAAGCGAAUAAAU